UCAAACAGAGCCACCGGAGUAGCUCCCACCAUGGGGGACCAAGGUGGAGAGAGUCAACUCUUCAGCCAGUGCAAGAUCUGUAUCAUAUGCUCCAGAGAUCUCCCUGCCGAUGCGGCACAUCAACUGGCAUUCACUUUCGAGCAACAUGGCGGCGAAUCCGUUAUUUACGAGCCACCGGCCGAAUUCCCGCCUCUGACCGAAUUCACGCACCUGAUGAGCUGCACCGUCGACUUCCCCGCGUUUGAGGCCGCAAAUGAUGCCCUGAUCCCCGUUGUCAAACCAUACUGGCUACAGGCCUGUCUUCAGAAGCGAAAGUUGGCCAACCCACGGCAAUAUAGCCCAGAUCCUCGACUGAUCCUGAACGAUGUGGUGGUGACCUGCGGUGACAUCCCGGAGGGCGACAAGGAAGCAAUCAUCGGAGGAGUUCUCGCAAAGGGUGGACUGUAUAGUCCCAGAAUCUCCCAGCCGGUCACCCACUUGGUUGACCUGACCGCGGACUCGGAUAAGGCCCGCUUGAUCAUCGCGAAGAGGCUCAAGAUCAAAAUUGUCUUGCCCCACUGGUUCGAUGACUGCCUCAAGCUUGGACGACGAAUCGACGAACGCCCCUACCUUCUCCCCGACCCCGAGAUUCUGCGUGCGGCGCCCGACGCUCCCAUACGCUCAGCGGAGAACCGAGACAUCAUCGGUGCAUCGACACCUGACCCCACUAAUCUACCAGUCGCGGUGCAGUCGUCAGAUGAAUUGCCCAGGCUCAAUGUAUUCGAGGCCAAGAGUGUCAUGCUUGCUCCGGAUCUUGGGAUCGGGUCGCGUCUCUCUGGCUCCAUCGGAGACAUCAUCAGGGAGGGUGGGGGUUCUGUUGUUUCAGACAUAUCAGCUGCGGACAUCCUGAUCUGCCGCUACCGAGAAGGAUUCGCCUACCGCAUGGCGUUUCAGUUGAACAAAGAUAUCGGCAAUCUAUCCUGGCUCUACCACCUCAUGACAUAUAACACCUGGACUUCUCCUCUACGACGACUGUUACACUACCCCAUUUCACGCAAGGGUAUCCCGGGAUUCCAGGGGUUCAAGAUCAGUCUCUCAAACUAUGUCGGAGAAGCUAGGAGCUACCUGGAGCACCUGAUCACAGCCACGGGCGCCGAAUGCACCAAGACCCUUAAGCAAGAAAACACACACCUGGUGACCGCGCAUGGAAACAGCGAGAAAUGCGCCGCAGCGAAGGAAUGGGGUCUGCAAGUUGUCAACCACCUGUGGCUGGAGGAGAGUUACGCGAAAUGGAAGCUGCAGCCCGUCUCCGAUCCCCGCUACACGCACUUUCCCAAGCGAACAAACCUGGGCGAGGUUGUGGGCCAGACCAGACUGGAUAAAGCCGUACUCGAGAGUCAGCUCUUGCUCGAGAGCAACAACGGGGUACAGGCACCGUCGAGCCCGCGACCGGUGAUGCAGCACAAGGACCAAAACACUGUGACCUCCAAGACGCCGAAAAUUGUCCAGCAGUCUUCCGCAAGAACUACUGAGUCCGAAACCGAAGUGCCGCGCACGUCAGGUGCUACACCGCGGGUUGCGGACAAGUCCCGGAACGCCAUGGAUCCUCCAAAACUGCAGACGCCCGCUCGGACCCGGCUCACUUCCGAAGGAAAGGAGAAUGAUACUCCAUCGAGCACUAGCAGUCGCAAGUCAAAGGAGGUAGCCGCUGCUCGACUACACGAUCUUGCACCCGAUAUGGCGUUGUACGAGAAGGAGAAGAGGCGUGUUGGGGGUGUGAUUCAUGGUGGCCGGAGAGUCUCAGACGAGGAUCGCGUAGUACUCAACCCCAGCAAGAAGCGCGUGUCCAUGGAACCGCAGGACGAAAGCGACGAGGAUGAAACGACAGAGACAAAGAGACAGAAGAAGUCUAGACCCCCUGUCGCGAUGCAUCUGCUGAUAACCGGAUAUCAGAAAUGGGUCAAGAACCCGAAGACAGAGGAUUCUGACAAGCGACAACUACGUGACCUUGGGAUUUUGGUAGUCCAAGAAGCGAAGAGGUGUUCUCACCUUGCCGCACCGUCUAUCCUCAGGACCCCUAAAUUCGUGAACGCAUUGGCCUACGGACCAGUCCUCAUGAACAUCGAUUUCGUCACCCAGUGUCUCAAGCAGAAUGCCCUCCUAGAUCCUGCCGACUACACCCUCAAGGACAAGGCUUCCGAGGAAAAGUACGGAUUCAAGCUUGAAAAUGCCAGAACCAAUGCCAAGGCGAACAAGAACAAGCUGUUGCACGGAUACCAGAUUUACUGUGUGGAGACAAUUCGUGGUGGGUUCGAUGCAUUCAAGUCCAUUGUGGAUGCCAACGGUGGUCAAUGCACUCUGUUCCGGGGUCGGGUCUCGUACCGAUCACAGAGAGAAGAGAGCGAGGAAAGCUCGGAAGAUGACGACCCCAGUCGCAAAGAGGUGUAUCUGCUGAGCAGCACGGAAUCGGAUCAGGUGAAGACAUGGCCACGCUUCCGAAGUAUGGUUCUGAGCACCGGCAAAACGCCACGGAUUGUUCGUGUGGAAUGGCUUCUCGAUAUGGCUAUGUCCCAGAAGCUGCAUGCUGCGGAUGCCUACGAGCUGAGCGAAGAAAUGGCCGAGGUUUCGGAACAGUAAGCAGGUCGAGAUCUGCAUGGUGUUAUGAGUGCUGCGUCCAAGCGUCUUUGCUGGUUUGAAAGAAUUGAUAGGCAUGACUUCUUCAGGUCACUUCGCCGGGGGCUUUUGUAAAUGACUUACAUUUUGCAUGAAAAUAGCUUGUGGUACCCGCAAUCAAUUUGUCCAGAUAUCACGAACAGAUGACCGUCUAGAAAAAUUUGACAC